GAAGCCAUGAUAAGCUUUCUCUAUUUCCCAUGCAUUGUUGUUUACAUGUAUACAAAAGUGUGGUUCUUCUUAAAAGCUGACAUUUUUAUCUUGGCUCUUGUAUUGUAUUUUGAUCAGUUUUUGCAUCUCUCUUCUUGCUUCUCCUCUGCAAAUCCCAAUGGAGAUACUCCAUUUCUCCUGCCUCAGGCUUUUCUUGGUUUGCUCCAUGUUCAUCACCACAUUUUCAGUUCUUGAUCCCAUCUCUGAGUCUCUUUUGAAAUUGAAAUCAGAGCUUAUUGAUGGUUCUGAUAGUUUGAGUGAUUGGUUUGAGGCUUCUGGUGAAAACCCACCUGGGAAAAUCCAUGCUUGUGGGUGGACUGGUGUGAUGUGUAACAAUAACUCUACUGUCAUCACUGGUUUAGACCUGUCAAUGAAGAAUCUUGGUGGGGAGAUUUCAAGAAUGGAAUUUGAUUUGCUCAAUGAUCUUGUUGACCUUAACAUCAGUUACAAUUUGUUCUCUGGUGAACUCCCUGAGGGGAUUUUCAAUCUCACCAAUCUGAAAGUCUUGGAUUUCAGCAGAAAUAACUUUUCUGGUGAGUUUCCAAGUGGGAUUUCCAAACUGAAGAGCCUUGUCACUCUUGAUGCCUUCAGCAACAGCUUUUCAGGCGAAUUGCCUGUCGAUAUCUCGGAAAUUACAACACUUAAGGUUCUGAAUUUUGCUGGGAGUUAUUUCAGUGGACCAAUCCCAUCUGAAUAUGGCUCAUUCCAGAGCCUUGAGUUCAUACAUUUAGCUGGGAAUUACCUCAGUGGCAGCCUUCCAUCGGAAUUAGGAAGGCUGAAAACAUUGACCCAUAUGGAAAUUGGUUACAAUUCUUACCAGGGAAGCAUUCCAUGGCAAUUUGGUAACAUGAGUGAGCUCCAGUAUCUUGAUAUUGCAGGUGCCAAUCUUUCCGGGUCACUGCCAAAUUAUCUCAGCAACUUGACUAAACUUCAUACUCUCUUCCUCUUCAGAAACAAACUCUCUGGCCAAAUUCCUUAUGAUUUCAGCAAAAUCCAAGCUCUUACAAGCUUGGAUCUUUCUGAUAACUUGCUGUCUGGACCAAUUCCACAGAGCUUCUCUGAGCUGCAGAAUCUCAGGCUGCUAAGUCUAAUGUACAAUGGCAUGACUGGUUCGGUCCCAGAAGGCAUAGCGAAACUUAAGAAUCUUGACACUCUUCUCAUAUGGAACAAUUAUUUCUCUGGGUCAGUUCCACAAGAUUUGGGAAGAUUUUCUAAGCUCAAAUGGGUUGAUGUUUCCACAAACAAUCUAGUAGGCCUCAUUCCACCAGAUAUAUGUGCUUCAGGACAGUUAACCAAGUUGAUUUUGUUUUCGAAUAAUUUUUCAGGUGAACUGUCUCCAAUCACCAAUUGCUCAUCUCUAGUCCGCCUUAGAAUCGAAGACAAUUCAUUUUCAGGUGCCAUCUCUCUGAAUUUUAAUAAGCUUUCUGAUAUCACCUACAUAGAUUUAUCAAGAAAUAGGUUCACUGGUGGGAUUCCUGCUGGUAUAUCUCGAGCUCUUAAACUUCAGUACUUCAAUGUGUCUAGUAAUUUCGAAUUAGGUGGGAUUAUGCCUGAAAAAAUAUGGUCCAUGCCAUCUAUCCAGAAUUUCUCUGCUUCAUCUUGCAACAUCACAGGCAACAUUCCACCAUUCCAUUCUUGUAAAUCUCUAUCAGUUAUUGAAUUGAAUACGAAUCGUCUUUCAAGUACUUUACCAACAAGUAUAGUCAGGUGUGGAAGUUUAAAACUUCUAAAUGUGUCCUUCAAUGAUAUAUCUGGUUCGAUUCCUUCAGAAAAGGUCUUCAAAUCGAUGGAUUCUAGUUCAUUUGUUGGAAAUCCAAACCUUUGUGGAGCUCCCUUGAGACAAUGUCUCGUGGCACGACGAAGUAAAAGAACACAAAAGAUUGCCUGGAUUCUGAUAACCUGUGCAGCAGUAGUUCUUUUACUUACGCUUACUCUGUUUGGAAUAUUGUACCGUAGGAGAGGAAGUCAAGGCCAGUGGAAAAUGAUCUCCUACAGAGGCCUUCCGCAGUUCACAGCCAACGAUGUCUUAAAGAGUUUUAAUUCAACAGAAACCAUGGAAAUCAUGCCAGCACUGUCAGGCUCGAUCUGCAAAGCAGUCCUGCCUACUGGAAUAACAGUCCUGGUGAAGAAAUUUGAGUGGGAAACCAAGAGAUCACAGUUCGUGUUGGAGUUCAUAAACACGAUAGGAAAUGCCAGGCACAAGAAUCUGACAAGAUUGCUAGGAUGCUGUUACAACAACAACCUGGCCUACUUAUUGUACGAAUACCUGCCAAACGGAAACCUCACUGAAAAAUUGGGAAUCAAGAGAGACUGGGCAGCCAAGUCCAAAAUUGUGACUGGCAUUGCUAAGGGACUGUGUUUUCUCCAUCAUGAUUGUUCACCAGCUCUUUCCCACGGAGAUUUGAAGGCUAAUUACGUUAUUCUUGAUGAAAAUAUGGAACCGCGUUUAGCUGAAUAUGGAUUUAAACACCUAGCUCAGCUGAAUACUGGCCUAAAUGCUGCAACAAUGCAUUGGUCGAAAAAAGAUGAAUUCAGCGGAACCAUCAAAGAGGACAUAUUCAGCUUUGGAGAGAUCGUUCUGGAAAUUAUAACAGAUGGACGGCUGAGAAAUGCAGGAGAGAUCAUCCCAAAAAAACAGAAAGAAAUUAUUUUAAAAGAGAUUUACGCGGAGAAUGAAGCUGAGCCCUCAAAGUCAUUGCAGGAGGAGAUUAAUUUGGUGACUGAAAUCGCUUGGCGUUGCACUACAGCAAGAUCAUCUGAUAGACCAUCAAUGCAAGAUGUUCUGAAGCUGCUAUCAGGCUUAAAAUAAUUUUUUACCUGUAGUAAUAAUAUAGCUAGGAGGGAUUGUUGUUUGUUAAUUUGCAUUAGACCUGAUUUAUACAUCAGAAUAUUAUUGUGUUCAUCUCAAUGGAAUCAUGGAAUGUUUUUCUGUAUAGUUGCAGCAAAUGAAACAUAUUGUAUUACUGAUC